AUGAUAUAUUCACUUUAUAUAAUUAAUAAAGCGGGUGGACUUAUUUAUCAAAAAGAUUUUAACGAAGGUUUAGCACAUUUAAGUUCAAAUGAAUAUUUAGUAUUAGCGGGUACUUUUCAUGGAGUGCACGCUAUAACAUCACAGAUUUCACCAGUCAAGAAUUCAAGUUCUUCAGGUUUAGAAGUAUUGGAAGCUGAUACUUUUAAAUUAUAUUGUUAUCAAACAUUAACAG